CUAACAAAUUCAAACGUAACAAAAAACAACAAAACGUAACAACAGUAACAAUAAUAUUAAUGGCGCGACUGUACACGGGAUGUGCGCGGGGCGUCGUAUGGGUGCGGGGGAAGGAAUGCGACUGGAGAGCCAAUCGACACUACGCGCGCCCGCUCUUCAUUCCGCUAGCCCCCCUCAGAUACCUUAUUUUUUACUUCUGCGCAAUAACGGUCAGCGCUAGAGUUUCGUGCCACUACUUGUACCAGUAGUAAAAAGUAACGUAAAGGACGUUAGCGUACUACAAAAAUGUUGCCACAUACAUAAAUUCUUAUAGAUAAAAUAAUAUAGAACAUAAUAUGUAUAUUUUAAGUGUGUUUCUAUGACACGUGGCUAGUUAGUAUUCAUCGAGUAUUUUUAAGUAUAUCACAGAUAGAGAGAAGAGAUCACAUUAAAGUAUUGGCGCGUAAGUUAGAAAGAUAAAGAUAUAGUCCUUAGGAAAAAAACAUAUAUUAUUCAGCUUAUUCAACAUAUUUGUCGGGCUUAAACCAUUAAUAAUCCUAUUUAAAAGCUGUAUCGGUAUGUUUUCAGUUAACAAUUUACAUUAUUUUUUAGUACCGUAAUGGAGCUAUAUGUCUCAAAGGUUCUCUGUGGGUUGCCUCGAUGUCAAUUAUCAGUGCCAUUCAUGUUCUAAUACACAAUCUGGGUUCUAAUGUUAUUGCUAGAUAUAAAUAAAUACGUUUAUUGACUACUUUAAUAUAUAAGGAUAUUACUGUAGUAGGGUAUUAUUUAAUAAGUGCAAAUUUAUAAUGGAUAUUAGCGAAAACACCCAUGUCAAAUAUUCACUAUCAUGGAGUGACCAUUUGCAAGCAGUUUCUAAUGGAUUAUGUUCUCUACAGCAGAAUGAAGAAUUAGUAGAUAUGACAUUAGCCGCUGAUGGACAUUAUGUUAAAGUACAUAGAGUAAUCAUGGCAAUGGCGAGUCCUUACAUUAAAGAUCUAAUUUGCUCUAUUAAGUGUAACCAUCCUGUUAUAUUUUUAAAUAAUCUAAGCUAUAAUACCUUAACAUAUAUUUUAGAGUACAUAUAUGUAGGAGAAGUAGACAUACCAUCAGAAUUUAUGGAUGAAUUUUUGAUAGCUGCUAGGUCUCUACAUAUUAAAGGAUUGAAAGAUGUUGAUAUGAAAGAUAAAAACAUUAUUAUUGUUCCCGAAAAAGAUACAAAUGUGGACCAAGUAAGGAUAAGUAAGUGUUACACAGAAGCUGCAACAAAAAAAGAAAGAGAAGUAUUGGAUCUAGAACUUAUAAAAGAAAAUAUAAAGGAAUCAAUGACAGAAUCUAUAGAAAGUUUAGAAGUUGAGACAAUUGAGGAAGAUGGAGAAAUAAUUCUUGAUACUGAAGAUCCUGAUUUUGAUAUCUCUACGCACUAUACGUUGUCUAACCGCGGAUCCCUUCAGAUGAUAUUGAACAAAUUUAUGUAUUAUCUAAAACACACGAACAAGGAUAAUUCACGACAGUGGCGUUGUGUUGAUUAUUUAAAUAAAAAUAAAUGUCCGGCACUUAUUUUUACCGAAGGGGACCUGGUCAUUCAGAGAAUAUCGGCCCAUAACCACAGAACACAUGAAAAUAAGAUUAAAAAAAGGUUUUGCAAUGGAAAAGUAUUUACGACUAUUCAUGAAGCAGAAGAAAAUACACCACCUAAAAGUACCAAAGAUUGUAGUGAAAAUUAUAUGGAUCAUGAAUAAAAUAUAUUUAAAGAC